AUGCAAAUCUGGCAUUCGAACGGCGAUUUCGGGAUUUUGGGUCACUCCUUCCGUGUAGGAGGAGCGUCACUGAGAGCAGCUCUGGGCAUUCCUCACAGCGCAAUUAAGACGCUUGGACGGUGGACGUCAGCUUGCUAUGCGCUGUAUCUCAGGGAUUAUUCAUCCGAAGACAUGGCGGAAACAUGCCGUUUACUCGAAGUUUUGAAUGGGUAG